AAAUGGCAGGAAGCCGGCCCUGCUUUUCAGACCCGACCAGACAAAAAUUUAGAAGCAAAAUCUUUCCCUGGCCGGCCGCAAAAGCUACGUCACGUCCCCUGCUUAUCUCCCGCUCGCGUACGUGAUCGAUGCGUAGGCCUCUCUUUCCAUCCAACCCAUCAGAAAUCAUUCAUUUCUCUACCCCUCCUCUUCCCUUCUCCGCAACUACUCUCUACUACACGCUUCCAAGAAACAGAGCAGCCCAGAGAGGCAGAGACCGGACCAGGAACCAAAUUUCUCCAAGCGAUCCGCCUCCGGUCGCCGAUCCGGCCACGGAUCGAGUUCGAGCCUGUCCUCUGCUGCCGCCGGCGCCGGCGCCGAUGGGUUCGGCCGAUCGCAGUGAGAUCGACGGGGUCGCGGUGGCGGGGAGAGGCACAAGGGGCUGCGUCGAAUGCCGCGCCACCACCACGCCCAUGUGGCGCAGCGGCCCGACCGGGCCCAGGUCACUUUGUAAUGCUUGUGGGAUCCGGUACCGGAAGAAGAGGAGGCAAGAGCUUGGCCUAGACCACAAGCAGCACCAGCAGCUGCGACAGCAGCAUAAUGGUGAGGCCAAAACUGAAGUAAAAGACAGUAGCAGCAGCAGCGGCGGCGGGAGCAGCAACUUGCAGGCGGUUCAGAAACGGAGGCUACUAAUGGGUGUGGAGGAGGCUGCGUUGUUGCUCAUGACCCUGUCUUCCUCACCCACAUCCACAUUGCUACAUGGCUGAGAACCCUACACACAACUCCAAACCAACGAUGUACAUACACACACAAACACACACCUGCACACCCAGUACCCAACAAUUCCAAUCCAACCAUACAAGUUUCUCCAGUUUAUCUUCACCUGGAUAAGAUAGGGAGGGGAGGGGCCCUAUCUCAAGGUUCUGUAUGAUCUUGCGAUGGGGAUUUGGUUUAGUGCCUACCUAAUGACUCCAUCCUCUUUGUUCUCCUCCGUUGCGCCGCGCCACCGUAGAUCUUGGUCAUGUCAGGUUGUGAAGCUUAUCUGUUCUGUGAUCUGUGGUAGGCUCCAUGAUCGGAGGUCUGUUGAUCUCACUCCCCCACCCAUCUUUUUCUUCGUCGUCCUUUUUUCUUUGUUCUUUGUAUGUAACUUUGAUGUUGCCCCUUUGUGAGGGAUUGGCGAUCGAAAGGAGACGUCAUCCCUCUUCAUUCCGAAAUAAGAAAGGUGGAAAUAAUAAUAAAAAGCUUUUUUUAUUGUUCA